CCACAAGCUGCUGAAGACACGCUGUCGACACCUGGGUAAAGUUCACCUGCACUGCUGACAACAUGGAGGUUAAAGAGGUAGAGAGGUGUUGCUGUGUUGUCAACGUGUUUGAGACUUUUUCGGGUAAGAAAGCCGUGAGCUGCAGCGGAGUAAUCGUCCAUCCUCCAUCAGGAACAAUCAUAUGCAACGGGCUGCCUUUUUCCCGUUUCAUUAAAGACAAAAAGGAGCCCCUGUCCGAAGACCUCAAGUUCCUGUCCCCUCACAGCUUCAGUGACAAACUCAAAAUCAGAGUCAGCCUUUCUGCAGGACGGGAUUUGGACACCGGCCACCCUGCACACGGAGACGCCUUGUCACCCUCCAGAAGCCGAACAACACAACACAGGGAGGCCGCGGCCGAGUUGCUGAUGCUGGUGAACUGCCUGGAGUUCAAACAGGCUUUCCAGGCAGUUUUCCAAGAGGCUGACCGGUGGCGUUUCCAUGGCGACGAAGAGGACGAGAUUCUGAUUAGAGAUGCUCAAUUCCUGAGCUGGUUCGCUGUGCUCAAAGCAAGUGAAGUGGCGGACAGAAGUCAAAGUUUAUGUCGGCUUGUACCCUGGCAGAGUGGCUCUUCUCUCCAGAAAGGAUGCCCCGUUGUCGCGUGUGGCUCGCCUUUCGGCUCCCUCUGCUUGGAUCUCUUCAUCGGCACCCUCAGCCGAGGCAUCGUCAGCAACCUCGCCGGAGAUGACAACGCCGUCAUCCUCACGGACGCCCGGUGUUUGCCCGGCACAGAGGGCGGAGGCGUGUUCGCGGUGAAAGGUGCCGACGACGCGCGCCUGGUCGGACUCAUUGUGUCUCCUUUCGGCUGGAAGGCGAACGAGUGGAUAGGCCUCACCCUGGUCUGCUCCGUUCAGUCGAUCUUCAAGAACAUCGUCUGCUGCACGAGCGUUAAAGGUCCACUUCGAGAUGUGUGGCUCCACGAGGGCGACGCAGGCCUCCGCAUGUCCGCCACUGCCCAGGGGUCAACAGCUUUAAAACACCCCGCUGUGUGCCUCGUGGACAGUGGACAGUUCUGGGGCUCGGGUGUUGUGGUCACAUCUCAGCUGGUUGUAACGUGCCGGCAUGUCGUCAAUGGGAAGUCGACAGUCACCCUGAAGUUUCACCACAGAGAGAGAGUCCUUGAUGUUGUGGGCGAUGUGCUGUUUUCCACCAGAGCGUCGUCACCUUAUGAUUUGGCUUUUGUGCAGAUGAGAGACGCUGUCAAACAUGCUGUGGUCCCCCAAAUGGCACAGAGUUUUAGUCCAGGUGAGUCUGUUGUUGUGGUGGGAUAUGGAGGGUUGGGUCGGAGAAGUGGUCCGUCCCUGACCUGUGGUAUCCUCUCUAAAGCCAUUAUCUUGAAUGACCAGCCUGUCAUGCUUCAGACCACUUGUGCAGUACAAGCAGGGGCCAGCGGGGGCGCUGUGGUGCACAGAUACACAGGAGAGCUGCUGGGUAUUGUGUCCAGCAACACAAAGGACAUGGCUUCCAAAGUGACCUACCCACACCUGAACUUCAUCAUCCCAGUGACUGUGUUCCAGAGAUUGUUACAGCAAUUUCACCACACGAGAGAUGUCAAUGUUUUCAGAGCGCUGGACGAAGCAGAAAAAGAAGUCAGACGGGUGUGGAGGUUACAAGGUGCUCCAAGCAAACUAUGACAGAAGACUCCUUCAUGAGGAGGUUUGCUACAGAAAAAAAGCUGGAUGGUUAAAUCAGCAUGUAUAAUUAUGCAAAAUUACAUUAGAUAAUUAAAUGAAUUCAUGUUUGUAUUUUUAACAAAACUGUUAUUUUGUAAUAUAAAAUUUACUUUGUCAUACCUCACGUUGUUACAGACACAGUAAGUGAAAGAUCUAAGGAAGCAUAUGCAACUAAAGCCAGAAUCAUUAAUGCUUAAUGUUGAUACCCAGAAACAUUCAGUAAACAAUGUGAAAUAUUAAAGGACCUCUUGAUGUUAACAGCAAGUUAAAGUGACUUUGAAACAUGUUUUGAUUAUUUUUAUGAAAUGUAAUAUACAGACAUGCAAUUAAAUGAAUACCAUCGGUUAUUCUGAUGAUAA